AUGGUUUUACAUCCCAUCAGUGAUACUUUGAGGCCAACGCCUGCUGGGCUGGCUGAGAGAGGAUUUGAGGGGCUUUUCGCCGCGUUGCAGAGUCGGAACUCGGGGGUGUGAAACGAGCUCACGGUUGCUCGGAGAGCUGCUGACAAUCGGACUUUUCCGAACCUCCACACGACCUGACGGACACCCUCUCAAUCACUCGGCUACGCUUCUCCCAACCCGGGAAAGCAACGCGAUCGAGGCAGCAUUUGGACAAGGAAUGCACCGGCAAGGACGACCGGGAGCGUUUUUAAUUCACAGUUGGUGACUUUUCCGGCGCAGCCUUUUAGCGCAGCCACGCCGCCGAGGAGGCUGCCGUGCGCAACAAAGGAAUGGCUGACCGAGGAUCCGUGCAUUGGGUGUGUAUAACUGACACCUGGAAGGGCGUAGCAGAGAACGCGGCGUCCAGUAACGGCGGAUGUCCACGCGUAAAGCAGCGCAGUCUCCCCUCCUCACGCAUGCCAUAAAGCGCGUUUGCAGAGCGGCGUCCCCCCCCCCGAGCACAGCGCCGUAGAUGCACCGUCGACUGGCUCCUAUUUCCUCCGGACAUGCCUGCACAUUUGGAGGGUGCGUGUGCGCAGAGCGGUGCGGCAGAAAAAGGCUCCCGCGCUUCCAGCCGCAACGGUUACGCGCAAACACGUGUCGUCCCACUGAGCCGCGACCCACUCUGCGCGUCGCCGUGGGCCCGAGUGUGGAGUUGCGGCGGAGUGGGCUGCGCGGUGUGUGCGCUUCUGCUGGCCGCGCUGCUGAGGUGCGCACACUGGAGCUGUGAGCGCGCACUCCCGCAGUCCUGCGUUCGUCCUCACUCGCUCGCAGGCUGCCUCGCCGAGCUGCUGCUCGCUUGCUGGGCUGCGCUCUCGCCCUUCUUCGCCCUCCCGUGUGCCUUCUUCUGGCUCGGCGUCUACCUGAUCCGCUGCGGGGUUCUGCUCCAAACCGCGCUCUCGCUGCUCACCUUGUUCCACCUGGCCGAGGCGGCGGCGUGGAGCCUCCUGGACGGACCACGCGAGGCUGCGGUCCUGCUGGUGCUCGUAUGCGUGGCCGGCGGCGCUCUGAUGAUCGCGCGUCUGGACCGGGGCGCCUCUGUGGUCGUGGUCAUCAGCGUCGUCCGCACCGUCUCCCUCCUGUCGCUGCACAAGGUUCGGUCCGCUUGGAGGCCGUACGUGGCGUACCUGCUGGGAGUGCUUGGCAUCCUGCUGGCGAGGUAUGCUGACAGGCUCCUUGCCGGUCAAGGGAGACUCAAAGAGGGCUGCACCCCCGUGACUGGAGCCAAGGAAGACGUCCCUGCAUUUAAAAGGCGCAGGAGGUCCAGUUCGGUGAUAGCCUCAGACAUGGCGCACAGUCAGUCCAACAGCAAGUCACAUCGCAGGACUUCUCUGCCAUGCAUCCAGAGGGACCAGAUGCUCCCCCGCACAGACUGGGACCACAAGAGAGGCUCCCGAGGUUCACAGUCAUCAGGCACCAGUGUCAUGGUGGACAUCGCCGUGAUGGGAGAAGCCCACGGCCUCAUCACAGACCUCCUGGCCGACCCCUCUCUGCCCUCCAACACCUGCACCUCGUUGCGGGCCGUCAGCAACCUGCUCAGCACCCAGCUCACCUUCCAGCCCUUGCACCGGCCACGCCCUGCUCCGCUGCUUAACCCCUCUGACGCCUACGUCUGCUCCGACUCGGAGGAGGGACCCGAGAAGGGAGAGAAGACAUCCAUCCAUAAGCGCCUUAGGCGGAGUCUCCAUCCGGGCCUUCUGAGGAGGAUCUCCACGUGGACAACCACCACCUCCGCCACAGGACUGCCCACCAUCGAGCCAGGGCCCGUGCGAAGGGACCGCAGUGCCAGCAUCAAACCCUAUCAUGAAACACUGACCUGCAGUUGUGGAAGACCGUACAUCAGACUGAGCCACGGCGAGGGCUCCAUAGACAAGGGAGACAGGAUACCACGCUCAGAAGACCAAGCGGUGGUGUCAUCAGACUAUGACAGCACCCACGAAGCCAACCACAGUGACAGCAGCGAUGUAGCACACACAGAGGAGGACACGGAGGAAGGAAAACACUCUUCUCAGAAUGUCAUUCGCCACCCGCUAAUACCUCCCGAGGACAAACCUAUUCUGGCUCCGGAGCCGCUAUUAAUGGAAGAUUUAGAGCCCAUGAUGAGUCAGCUAAACAAUUGGAACUUUCCCAUCUUCAGCUUGAUGGAGAAGACCAACGGUAAAUGUGGGCGGAUCCUCAGUCAGGUCUCUUACAGGCUUUUUGAGGACACUGGUUUGUUUCAGACCUUCAAGAUCCCCAUGAAAGAAUUCAUGAACUACUUCCACACCCUCGAGAAUGGUUACAGAGACAUACCGUAUCACAACAGGGUGCAUGCAACAGAUGUGCUUCAUGCAGUCUGGUACCUCACCACGCAACCGGUUCCGGGUCUGCCCAGCAUCAUGGCUGACCACAGCUCUGCCAGCGACUCAGACUCCGACAGCGGAAUAACUCACAGUCACAUGGGCUUCCUGGUGUCCAAGACAUACAGCAUGUCGGAGGAUGGUUACGGUUGCCUGUCCGGCCUCAUACCUGCCCUGGAGCUUAUGGCGCUCUAUGUGGCUGCCGCCAUGCACGACUACGACCAUCCUGGGAGGACCAACGCGUUCCUCGUGGCUACCAGCGCCCCACAGGCGGUACUCUACAACGACCGUUCAGUUUUAGAAAACCACCACGCUGCCUCGGCCUGGAACCUCUUCCUGUCCCGACCGGAGUUCAACUUCCUCAUCAACUUGGACCACGUGGAGUUCAAGCGAUUCCGCUUCCUGGUCAUCGAGGCCAUCCUGGCCACGGAUUUGAAGAAACACUUUGAUUUUCUUGCCGAGUUCAAUGCUAAGGUGGGGGAUGAUCCAUCUACUGGGAUUGAUUGGUCCAAUGAGAACGACAGGUUGCUGGUCUGCCAGAUGUGCAUCAAGCUGGCCGACAUCAAUGGCCCCCUGAAGUGUAAGGACCUGCAUUUACAGUGGACAGAAGGCAUUGUCAAUGAGUUUUAUGAACAGGGCGAUGAGGAGUCCAGUCUGGGUCUUCCCAUCAGCCCCUUCAUGGACCGAGCCGCACCACAGCUGGCCAAACUCCAGGAGUCGUUCAUCACACACAUUGUGGGACCUCUGUGCAAUUCGUACAACUCUGCCUGCCUCAUGCCGGGACGAUGGGUGGAACCCAAGACGGAUGCGGAGGAGACCGAAAGCACGGAGAAUGAGGAGGACGAGGAGGAAGACACUGCAGAGGAAGACACGUCCACCAGCUCGGAGUCAUCACAGAAAGCAGCCUCCAAGAAAAGGAGGAAAGUAUUCUGCCAGAUCACCCAUCAUCUGCUGGAGAACCAUGAGAUGUGGAAGAAAGUGAUCGCCGAGGAGGCACAGAAGCAGGGCCAAGCCGCUGAGUCCGUCCUCGUGAACAAUGUAGCAGAGCCUAUUUUGGCAAUUCACGAGGAGGAGGAGGAGCAAGGCAGCAGAGAGGAGCUGGUUGAAGGGGAGGAUCCCGAGGAGGGCGUGGAGGAACCGGAGUGGCCUGUGGAGGGAGACCCACAGUGAAUGAGACAUAGUGUGAGUCUAGGACUAGGACAGGUAUUUCUUCUUUUCUUAUACUUUUUACUGACUCCAGUUUUUGCCAGCACAUCACUUUAGACACAACACUGUAGAUUGGGAAAUGUGUGCCUACAAAGAAUAACUAAAACAGGGUGGGAAAUGUUGUACUUUACACAUUUUAUCUAAAUAUUUGAUUCCACCAAACAUUUAAAGGAGCUUUCCAUCUUGCAAUAUGAGAUUAUGCAUGUCCUUUGGAAUACAGACUCUUUUGCUACUGUUAAGAGAAGAGGCAGAUUGACUCCGCAGACCUCAACCACAGUGUGGUAACAUGGGACUGAAGAAAUUUGCUGCCGGUUUAUAUAUAUAUAUAUAUAUAUAUACAUAUAUAUAUAUAAAUAUUUUCUGAAUGCAAUUAUAUACGUAUGGACAUCUUAGUUACUUGUACUUGUGCUUGGAUUUCAGCAGGAGUUUUGGAGUUGGGCUCUAAAAUGGACCAUAAAGUGUUUAUGGAAUACUGUAUAAAGGGAGUACAUGAAUGAGGAACCUUGGUGUCAUUCCUUUAACUUCUGCCAAAAUCAAUCACUCGCCCUUGGGUUAACUAUACACAAUCCGAUAUUUAUAUAAAUGAUAUUUUUUUUGCAUUUGUUGUUUUGUUAUGCAUGUAUGCCAAACCUCAUCACGCGUGUUUUUUGUGUCCACGUCUUUCAGUCAGUCUAUGCUUGGUUUCUCUGUGGAAAAGGCGAAUAAGGGUUUGCUUCCAAAUAGAACUACUCAAAGGGAUCUUUAUUCAGGCCUGAUUCUUCAGGUAUUGUAAAGGUGGUUGGAAGAUAUCACACAUCAAAAAGAAGACAGAGUGGCUGCACAAGUGGAAUACAGUGGAUCCCCAUUCAGUCAACAGUUUUUCUUUGCCCAAAAUAGGCAGUUUUUCCGUUCAGUUGGUCAAAAUUCUUAAAUUUGCGCUAAUAAAGCUCAAAUGUGUCUCAUGUCUUAGGAAGGCCACACGUUUUUUAUACUUCGUCUUUAUACUUCUCUGAUAAUGUUUUUCAGUGUGGAGAUUUCCUUGAACGCACCACAGUUGAGAUUGGCUACGGCCGAGCUGCCCUUAAAUCCUUAUGUGAAACAUGAACACAUAUUUAUUCCCCUUUUCUGUGCAUUUUAGCGCAAGAAAACAAGUUAAUAUGAGCUAGUUAACAAUGGCUGUCAUUGGAAAUACCUGUACCUAUUUUGACCCUAAAACCUAAAAAUGCUGUGACGUGUUUUAAAUCAUCAAAAGAUGGAAGAUACUUGAAGUAUUACAUGAUAUCAUCAGUGUACUUGUUCUUGCAUGAUCACAACAUGUAUUUCCAACAAUUUUUACAGGGCUUUGUAGUCGAAAUAGGUGUGUCCCAGUUGCAUGCAUUGUUAGCUAGCUCAUAUUAACUCCUUUUCUGGCUUUAUAAUGCACAGCAAAGAUAAAGAAACAUGGACACAUUCAUGUUUCACGUAAGGAUUGUGAAUGAAAAUUUCCAAAAAGUGCAGUUCCCCUUUAAAACUUAACUGAAAACACAAUUUAAUAUAUGAUGUGGAUUAUCUAGCCUGCUAGCCUAAAGCGCUAGUCUGACUACCAGUAGUGGUGUGUGUUAGGGAUGUCCGAUAUUGGCUUUUUUUGCUGAAAACCGAUAUGCCGAUGUUGUAUAAGUCUUGAUUUCCGAUACCGAUAUGUGUAACAUUACACAACCACUGUGGUGGAAUGAGCGCACGUGUUGUAAAUGUAGCGUCAUUGUGGGCUAAUUAUCGGACAUCCCAAACAUUUUAUACUUUAAAUGCAUUUAAUUAGUACAUGAGGUAUAUUUAGGAGCAAAUUGUGUGUCAAAAGUAGUGUGUCAAUUUUUUAUUUUUUUUUUUCCCAUUCACCGGUAUCCUCGGAACGCAACUCCCGCAAAAAGCGGGGUUCCACUGUAUUCCACUCACAGUACCAUAAGCCUAAUAAUGCAAUAUAUUUCCUUCUCCAUUAUUUCCUCCUGGCUUUGAAAUCUGUACGUACAAUAUGUCUUGUAAUGUACAUAAUGCUCUAUUCCUCCACAUGUGAAGCCUACAAAAAUGUUGACCUUCAACCCUCAGGAAGCCUUCAUCUGUCGAGAUUGAAAGUAAAGCUCUCACACGGUAGUAUUUGUGCAAACGGCGACAACAUGCUGGGAUAUUAUUGUUAUUUUAGAAGAUGUGCAUGGAACGCAUUCAAGCACAGACGGCACGAAUCCUCUCCUGGCAACUCAGGGAGCAAACCACCAUACACAGACCGACUCGGGCAUCAAUUAGAUGAGGUCCUUCUGCAAGUCAGGGUCCAGUCUGAUAACCUACACACAGUGCAGUUUUAGUUAAAGUACUUUUUUUAUAUGGUACAUGUAUUUUUGUUGUUGUUUAGCUAGAAUUGUGUUGUGAAUUAAUUAGAAUGGUGCAAAAGGUCUUGUUUCCUUGGAAUUGUCCUAUAUAAUCAGGGAUAAAAAUUAAUAACUUCCAUAAAGUCAAAAUAAAAAAAUACAGUGCAUGCGCUAACAUUUGCAGAUUUUUUUUUGGAUGAAGAUUAAUUCACCCUAAAUCGGUAAUAAUUUAUAAAAGUGAGAAUACAAGUAAAAUGUUCAAAUUUAGUUUUUUUUUGGUCAAGCAUUUAAAUUUCCCACUUUUUUGGUGGCCCAUGAACACACCGUAGUUCCAGAAAAGGGAAACUAAUAUGCACGGUGUGCGUGAGGCAUACCGAAGAGAGAAAGGGCGGGUUCUGGAGCUGAAUGCAAUCCAAUAAUGAUUACAACAGGCACUUUUAUUGCAAAUGUUGAUCCAAAAUCUGAGGAAAAUGUCAACUGCAAGGUCGCAGGAGGGUUUUAUAAUUUUUUCUGACCCUAUCAAUUACUUUCAGAUGGUCUACGAAGGUAACCCCCCCAUGAAUAGCAGGGGUUUUACUGUAUACGGAAAUGGGAGCUAUAAGAUACAAAUGCACUUUAACUCAACGUUUGGGCCUAACUGUAUCUCACACAAAUUUUGUACUGUAGGUUGACAUUCAGGAAAAUCCAUCACAAAAUGUUCGACACAUUAAUACUCUCCUAUAUCGUGUUGUAUGAUUUUUGACAAGAAAAUUUGAAAAAUUUUUAAAGUACCGACAUUUUACAUCUCUUCACAGCGAGAAUACAUGGACAUGGUAGGGAACAGGGGCACAGUCUAAGUCCAACUCAAGUCCUGGUCCACCGCGUUCUUCUUAGUAAUAAUUACUUUCCAAAAAGGUAAUCAAAUCAGUGAUGGAAUUAGAGUAAGCCCUCGUUUAGCACUGUUAAUUGGUUCCAGACCCGACCAUUAGAGCCCUGUAGACAUGAAGUAGCACCCUAUAGUCACCUUUAUACUCUAUCCUUUGUUUACGUAGCAUUGCAACGGCUACAGGAUUACUGACUGCUGUCGAUAGUUAAUGUUUCAGAGUGGGGAAGAAAGACAAAGAAGCCUAAAACUUACCACUUCCACACAGAGUGAGAGGACAACCUUUUUUCACUCAAGCUCAGCCUUGGCGUGUCCGUUUGUGUGUCCGUCUCAAACAUUCAAAUAUGUCAAAUAAUAAAGUGGAGUUUUUCCCUGAUGUGCCACAGAUGCCAUGUUCAAAUCUGGAGUUCAAUCAGUCACAAGUCAAUCAAUCAUCCAAUUGUGAUCUCGCUGUAUCCAUAGUUUGAGUCCAUGUCUUCUUAGGGACAACGAACACUGCUGGUAAUCAUGUAAGACUGUUCCAGGCUGUGGAGACUUUAUUGCUGCCUAUUUUUUCCUAUUUCAAUGUAUGCCACAGCGGGUGCUUCCCUGUAACUGAGGCUGUAGGACUGACAGGAGAAAUUGACAGGUGUGUUUUUGACGGCUUUGUGAAUGUAAUUUUAUUCCAACUCGAAACUUGGGGAGGCUGCAUUUGUGUAUGUAUGUGUGUGUCUUUGGAACCUUGUGUCCUAUACUGUCCUGUUCUUCACAGACAUUCUUGCUCUUGCUCUAACUUAGUAAAGACGGGUGAGGUGAUGCAUUAAGGGGUACUCAGUUGAAAUAUGGCUUCUCCAAAGGCCCCGUGUGCAUUCAGUAUUUCUCCUUGUGCUUCCUUCGUUGACCUACACACUGCUAAGUAGCGAUUUUCAGUGGUGACAGUCGACAUUCAUCACACACUAUUGGGCGUUUUGGGGGUGAUGCACACCCCCCGGUGAUGAUUUAAUGAUUCCUUUAUUUUAUGUGCAAACAUAACAAGUCAGUACUUUUAUUUAAGCUGUAUCGCUUAUGUCUUGAUUGUGUUCUAUUCAACUGUCACACACGUGUAGCAUCAUUGUAACACAACCAAACCACCUUGAAAAUUGUGUAAGCAAAUGCUGAGUAUUUUUUUUUUAUAGUAGCAGACACAUGAUGAAUAUGUUUCCUGUCACUCAUAUGUUGCACUUACAAUGUGUACUUAGAAAAAAGAAUAUUAUAUCCAAAUACACGCAGGUUUUGUGAAUCUUUCCCUUGCAGGUUGAUGCUCCAUUUUGUACGAUAUGAAUAUAAACUGUACAGUAAAGACAUUUUAAAACAACAACUUUUAGAAUGACAUUAUUUAUUUUUACCAUUUUGUAAUUUAGACACGAUACUGUGGCUUCAAUAUUGCCAGACUUACUGGAAGUGCCUAUUGGUAUGUAUCAUACAUGAAUAUAUUUGAAGAUGAUCAUCACGAACUGAUCUAAGUUGAUGUAA